AUGCCUCUCGAGUCACUGCUCACCAACCCCAAUCCAGCCGUGACCCGUCCGCGUUCGAUCCUCGGCUACUUCUCCAGCUCGUUAGGAAGACAUGCACGGAACAUGUUCGACCUCGUCAUCGAACCUGAAGAUCCGUUUCGCGUCUAUUCGCCCGGACAGACUGUGAAGGGUCAUGUUAUACUCUCGGUUUCAAAGGGAUUCGACAUCACACACCUGGUGGUCGCUCUUCAUGGAUAUGCAAAAGUCUACAAACACCAGGUUGCACCGGGCGAAGGACUUCCAGCCCCGGAAGGCCUCAUAAAUGGGAAAAACUCCAGGGGGUUUCAAUAUCACGGUAACGGGUUGGCAUCCCUGUUCCAACACGAGCAGGUUCUCUGUGGGAGCGGUUUUCUCAAGAAGCAUGUGUACAAGUUCGCAUUUGAGGUCCCUUUUCCAAACAAAAGCCUACCAAGCACAAUCAAUUUCGAGCGAGGCACGGUCUCUUAUAUGCUUACCGCCACGCUCACCCGCCCAACUACCAUCAGCCCGACGAUGAGCCGCAGUACCAAAGUCAAAUUUCAGGAUCGCAUUGAUAUCGAGUCGAUGUACACUCCGAAAUCUCGAGUCAUUACCUUGGAGCCAGUCUCUCGGCGGGGUAAGGUAAAGGUCGUUAAGCCGACCUCGUCUCUCGCCACUCAGACCACGGCCAACGGCGGCCGUGAACCUUUGGCGCGCAACAAUACGCAGAAAAGCACCACCAGUCGGAGUUCCAAUUCUAUUGGUAACCCUCCGCUAAGCCCGGCACCGAGCGAAGAUACGGUGCAGACGAACAUCACCACCCCCAGCAGUCAUAGCUCCCAGGCGAUGGGCGCUGAAUUUUCGACAAAGAGACUCAGCAGUCAAACCUGCGACGCGCGGAGUAAUACUACUUCUUCAUCCGCCCAAACAAUCACUGCCACCACAGAGCUCCCACGGCACGGGGCUCUUCCGGGAGAUACAGUGCCAAUCCGCGUCUUUGUCACCCAUACCAAAUCCAAUGUGAGGGGCAUGAUUAUUGCGACUCUGUACCGUCAAGGCAGGGUGGAUAUGCAUCCUACCAUUCCCCUGGGAAAUUCGGGGAAGGACCAAAAAGCCGAGUACGAAGAUGUGUAUCCCAAGUCACGAACAGGUCUGGGAGGGCUAUACUUUGCAAAUGCAUCCCCGAGUAGCGUGUUCCGGAAGGAUCUGGCUCAGUCUUCCACCAUGAUGAUUGUCAAUCCAGCCACAAUGACUGCGGAUAUCACUACAUCUCUCAAAGUACCUGAUACUGUCUUUCCCACAAUUGCUAACGUCCCGGGCGGCAUGAUUUCAUUUACCUAUCACAUCGAGGUUGUGGUCGACCUUUUUGGGAAAUUGGGCGAGACUCGCAUCUGGCCUCGUUUGACAUCCAGCGAUCCCAUCUUUUCACACAAUGCUCAAAGUGGCAAUCACCUGACAAAUGAUUGGUCUCAGACUAUAUUAGAUACAACUCAGCUACGCCGGAUGAGAAGUGUGGUGACUUUUGAAAUGCCGCUUGUGGUUGGGACUCAAGACAGUGGGAGAAAAGGGAGACAAAACAAGCAGCCUGAGCUUCCCAUCCCGGAACCCAUCGCGCAAUGGACAGAAGACAAUUGGCACGAUCAGGACUUCCAGAAUGGUGGAUAUGAUGGACAGUAUUACGAUCAAAUGGGUGGUCCAUAUUACCAGGAUUACGGCCAUGAUUACGAUCAUGGUGACGAUCUUACGACGACCGAUCCAAAUCACUAUCGGGACUUGCCCGUGCAAGGCCACGCCAUCAUCCCGCCCCCGGAAACCCAUGAAGAUGUGGAUGAGAAGACCCGGCUGCGGAUGCAAGAACAAUUGCUUUUUCCUAGCCGGCCUCCACAAGAUGGGGAGACCUCCAUCAGCAACGCGACUCCAUACCAGCCCUCUGCGCCUGUGAUCACACCCAGUCUCCUGUACGGGAGGGAUGACGGCCACCGUGUUGGCAAUGUGACACCCCCUUCGCUGCAUGCCACCGGCUCGGUCGCGUCGGCAAGGUCUGGCGACACCAUUCGGCCUGAUCCAAUCCCUCCUCCGAGCGCGCCACCAUCUACCAGCCAUGGUAUGGCCGGCGAUGACAAACAAGAACUAGAGCGACAACGGCUCCUAGCAGAGGCGAGUGCACCACCUCCGGAAGAUGGGGCACAAGCCUUGAGCAGGACCCCAGCUCCCGGUUUGGAACCGAGUGCACCAACAAUCCACGAGCAGGAUGAAUAUAUUGUACGGACCUUGAGUCAUGAUGACACGUUACCGGCGCUUCCACAGUAUGAGCGUUGA